AUGUUUCCAUGCAAGUCUUCUUUUACCGCAGCAGGUUGUUACCUAUGUCCAUCGCCUAGUUCCAAAGGCACCAAGCUUCUUAUAUGUUGUUCUGUGAAUUCCACUUUACCUAUGAAGAUGAAAUCAUUCUAUGCUGCUUCUUCUAAUGAAAAAGUCAAAGUUUCAAGCGAGAUGACUCAGAUUAUAGAAAUGGAAGAUUAUGCAUUUUCUAAACACAAAAUGGUUUUCUUAAAUACAUCUGAUAUGCAUUUUCUAAACACAAAAUCUUUUGAGUCUAUUCUAUCCGAAGCCAAACGAGUCAAGAUUCUUAGUGAGUCAACUCACACAAGCAUUUGUUCAUUGCAAAAAAACGAACACGAAAAAUUCAAAUUAAAAACCGAUACUUUACCCGACAAUGGAUCAUGUAAGGUGGUGGAAUUGGUUAAUAAUGUUAAACAACUUCAUCAAGGGCAAAUUGGUCAUUUCAUGGAUAGGUUCUUGGUUUCAUGGGAGUUUGUUUCCGGUGGUUGUUGUGGUUGUGUGUUUGGUCAAUAUUCAGUCAUGGAGGUGUGCCACAUGGUUGAUGAUGAUUGGUUAUAUCUUUCUAAAUUAAGUAAGAGUGAGAAUUUGUGCUCUGAUUUUGUUAAAUUAACUAACCCCGAAGGGCAGAUUUUAAGCAUUCCAAAUAUUGGCUUUAUCAUUUGCCCAUGUUUGAAGGUAUCUGCCAAAUUUAAUCCAAGAGUACCCCUUGGCCCUUGGGGGUGGUUACAGUUCGUUUUUAUGAGUUUUGGCUAACGUGAGCCAAAUGUGUUUUUGUAGUUCAUUUUGUAAAUCAUCAUGUUUAUCUUUUAUAAUCUUUUUUUUCGGUUAAUUAGUUUUUUGACCAUUAGUUACCUAUUUUAUUAUUCUUGUUCAGUUUGGAAUUAGUUAUUUUUUUUUUGGGAUUUCAUUCGUUGCCACUAUUGCUCCAACCC